AUGUGGGAUUCGGCCGGCGGAGAUGAUGGUCAGGUCAUGUUGUCUGUGGCUGAGCAGUACUUCGGUCUGUGUCACAUAGUGAAUACUCCAGUCAACAAAGACUACACUCUACAACAUACCUCACUUGAUCUGUCGAUUCACAACUCCGUUCAACAAACCAUUCCAAUGACCACCUCUUCCACCUCAUCCUCGUCUUCAUUCCCACAGGCAAGGCUCCAAAACGACUUCGGAGCUGAUUACUGGGUCCGCAAUUCCGCCCACGCUCACCGCCACUCCACUGCCGGAAGAGGCCUCUUCGCCGGUCUACAGGAUGUCAAGCAAUACAACGUGGAGCACGGCUGGGCUAGACGCAAGUCUGGGGAUGUGCAGAGCGGACUGCUCGGAAAUCUGUGGAGCCGGUAUGUAUACAAUUCCACAUUAAUAUGA